CCAAUACUGAGAGCUCUCAACUUCAUUUUCAUUCACUAGAAUCUCGUUUCUGUCCCCGAAAUCUUGACUCCCUCUCUCGUUUCGCAGACACGGUAGGGUUGCGUUUCGGAUCCAAGUCCGAUAAAAAUGGCUGAACACGCCGAAGGUUCGGGUGCCGCAUCUGAAUCCUUGCUGGAAAAGAUUACCGACAAGUUGCAAGGCCACGAUUCGUCAUCGUCCGACUCCGAUUCCGAUUCCGAUAAACCAGCGUCGCCGUCCCCCAUCAAAGCCAAGGUUUUUCGCCUCUUUGGACGGGAGAAGCCGGUCCACACAGUUCUCGGCGGAGGAAAACACGCUGAUGUAUUUUUGUGGAGGAACAAGAAGAUCUCUGCCGGAGUACUUGGCGGAGCCACUGCCAUGUGGGUGCUUUUCGAAUUGCUUGAAUACCAUCUCCUCACCCUUGUUUGCCACAUUUUGAUACUCUCUCUUGCAAUCCUGUUCCUUUGGUCCAACGCCACCACCUUCAUCAACAAGUCUCCACCUCGCAUCCCGGAUGUUCAUAUUCCAGAAGAUCCAUUCCUGCAGGCUGUCAAUGCAUUGAGGAUUGAGAUUAACCACGGUUUUGCUGUGUUGCGGGAAAUCGCAUCUGGAAGAGACUUAAAGAAAUUCCUUAUUAUUAUUGCUGGCCUGUGGGUACUGUCGAUCCUGGGGAGUUGCUGCAAUUUCUUGACCUUGUUUUACAUAACUUUUGUUUUGCUGCACACUGUACCAGUUAUUUAUGAGAAGUAUGAAGAUCGCAUUGACCCAUUUGCGGAGAAGGCAACAAUUGAGAUCAAGAAGCAGUAUGCAGUAUUUGAUGCCAAGGUUCUGAGCAAGAUCCCUAAAGUACCCUUGAAAUACAAGAAGAUGGCUUAGAGAGUUUGAGGUAUUCUAGCAGACAUUUGGUUAGAUGUGGGUUUUGAAGAUGUGAUUUUGGCAUAGUGCUCGGUAUCCAUGUUUGCUGGAACACUUGUUUAUUUAUCUUCUGCUGGUUUUUACUGUUUGGGUUAUUAGUUUUGUCAGUGUUUUAUGUUGGUUUAGUUCCAAGUGGUAGGGCAAUCAUUUUAGCAGUGCCUCAGGUCCUUAACUAUAGGUGGGGCUUUUGUGACAACAAUUAUUAUAUCAAUGUCUAUCCGUACCUUGUACAUUGUUUGUCACUUAAUUUGGAACUGUUGAUAGCUUGUAUUUAUGUUGAUCCUCUGCUUGUUUGAUUUA